UCCUGCGACAACCGGGAUUGACGUCACAUGCAUGAGUCGACCCAGAAUUGGCAAUGUGAGAAUUCCACGUUUUUAUAUCUUCGGCCCGAUAACUAGCCAGAAUGUCGAUAUAUCACGACGAGGUAGAGAUCGAAGAUUUUGAAUACGAUGAAGAAACCGAAACGUACUACUUCCCUUGUCCCUGUGGUGACAGGUUCGCUAUAACUAAGGAAGACCUUGAAAAUGGUGAAGAAGUGGCUACAUGUCCAAGUUGUUCCCUGGUUGUAAAAGUCAUUUAUGAUCAGGAGGAGUUCAUGGCUGGGGAGGUUGUGGAGGCACCCUCAACGGAGAACAAGCUGGAAUUGGCCACGUCGUGAUAAAAGAUGAAGCCUAGCCUGUGGAUCUCAAGGAACCACAUGCCUCCCCUCUGACCAAUGCUUACUGUUUACCAGACCGACGGUUCGGUGGGAGAUCCCACGCCGUUCACUGUCCGUGAUGACUGGGUUCCUGGUUCCAUCGUCUAUUUAUAAACGUGUCGAUAUUUUCUGAUUACCUCACCAGCUACUCUGAAACGACAAAAGGGGUUACUUCAUGAUUAUGCAAAAUUAUCUGUAAAUAACUUUUAUUUAUAUUUUACGUGUAAAGCUGAAUAAAAACUGUUGACUCCAAAUAACACAUCGUUUCGUGUUUAUU